CAGCUGUCGCUGUCUGAUAUACUAAAUCAUGAUUUAAUAACUCUUUCAAUUUGUCUCUACUCUCUAAUCAAGUUAACUUUUUUUUAAAUAAAACUAUAUAUACUCAAUAUUUCGUCGAUAAUUAAAGGUCGUUGUCAAUCUGUUAAAAAUUGUUAUUUAAGUUAUCAUGGAUGUCUUGACUAGGCCCGCUGAAGAAUUUGGUAAUGAUGAGACUCUUGAACAUCUUUGGGCAGCUAGAGCCAUGGAACACAGUGAUAUUUACUUUAAUGUUCUCUGUUCAGUGGAUACCAGAUGGCUUCGCUUAACGCCGCACGACGAUCUUAUAUAUUCUCACUUCAGACAAGAUUUUCCAGAUUUGAACAUAUCCUACAUAAAAGAAGAUGAAAUAAAAAAUAACGUUAACAAAGCCAAAUGGCGUAUGUUUUGCGAAAAAUUUAAAAAUAUAGUGGAAGAUUACAGUUUCGGUACGUUAAUGCGUGCAGACACAAAAGGUGAUUACUCGGAACAAAAUACAAUAUUAGUGCCCCGAGUUCAAUUCUAUGCAGUAGAAAUUGCAAGAAACAGAGAAGGAAUUAACAAUGAAGUUAAGAAAAGAUAUAAAUGCGCUUCCAAAGCUCAUAUGGAGGCUCAAAACAAUGCAAGAGAGAUAGUUGCAUAAAAUGCCAUAGUUUUAACAGUAUCUAAUUAUGAACAAGUAUCUAAGUUAAAAUGUGUAUCGCUACAAUAAUUACUGCCUUAUCAUAAAUACUAAAUCAAUCACCUCAGUGGAAUGUUAUAAAGUGGAACAAUAAAAGCUAAUUAUUUAGUUCUAACGACACUCAGAAAUGAAGUGACUGGAAGCUUAUAAGACAAUAAGUUCAGGUUUAUUAUUAAAUAUUGUUAUAUAUAUUUCAAUUAAAUAAAUAUAUAAAAUAAAGUAGCAAAUUUCAUUGUUUUAUCCUAAAAUAGUGAAAUUUGUUACAUAUAAUAUGUGAGGCACCUAUCUACUUCAUUUAAAAGUAAAAUGUUUUAAGUUUUUAGUUUUUUAUCAUGAUAUAAUUAAUGUUUGUGUCUGUUAAGAAAGGGCUUACUGACAUAUUAGUAUUGGUACCACCCACUAACAAUUUAAACUUGUACUGUACACAGUCAUGUAAAGUAUUGCGUAUGUAGAGCAUAAGAGCUUUAUGAGAAAAAAAAUUGCGACUACAAAUAGUCAAUCAAUUCCUGACAAUGAUUAAUGAAUGAAAUGGCUCAAUUGUCAAUUUUUUGCUGUUUAAUAAAAUCAAUGCAACAUAUCACUAUAUUACAUGAAAAAACAAAAUCCUUAUUCAUUUGCAAUUUUAUGUUGUUGAUGUGUUCAUUAAAUAUAAGCUAUAAAACAGAAUUAGAACAUUGUUUGAAACUCAAUUACAUAAAUAUUCUAUUUGAUACUUAAUAAAAAAGUAACUUUUUUUUUAAUAACAAUUAUAGAAAAUGUUUGUUUUGGAUUUUGUAUAAUUCGAUUAUAAUUAAUAUAUGCUACACUAUUAAUUAUGUAAUUUUUUUAAAUGAUGUCAUUGUAUGAAUGGAAAAACAAAUUAGCUUUUAUUGUGUCUUAUAAACAUAUUUUUUUUUUAACAUUUGUGAUAACUUAAUGGCAGAGACAAUAUCAUCUUAGUCUGCUUACAUUCCGUUUUAACAACAAAAUAAAUACACAUAAUUAUUUAUUAUGUUUAAACAACUUGUAGAAUAAAGCAUUGUUCCAUGUGAUAAUGAAGCUUAAUUCUAGGACAGCUUGCCAGAAAGAAGUAAAUGCAACACAUAUAUAUAAUUAUUCUGUGCUACCUCUAUAAGUUUUAAAUUAAAAUGAUUGGGGUGCUCAAUUUCUCAUACUUUUUAUGAUAAUAAAUUUUUUUACUGAG